AUGUAUCCACGGUUCUCGAACAACUUAUCCCAACCACCCCAACCUGAAAAACCUAAUGACGAUCAAUGGACCUUCGAUGAGAACAAGAGGUUUGAAAAUGCUCUCACAGAGCUCAAUCUUGAUGCCCCAUACCUCUUUCAGAAACUAAGAACUAGGGUUCCUGGGAAAACUGUUGCACAAGUUAAGAAGCACUUCGAAGCAUUAUUUGAAGACAUUUUGAUGAUUGAAUCAGGUCAUAUAGCUGUGCCCGAGUACAACAAGAUUAGUAUUGAAAGCAAAGUUACAACAAAACCAUUCAGAAGGAAACGUACUCCAUGGACCAAGCAUGAACACAAGUAA